AUGGAACUUGGACAUGAUCAAGAAAUUUAUCAACAAAUCAGAGAUCUAACAAACAGUGACCCUGCAGCUGCAGCAAGAAUGAUCAAUCAAUAUUUAGAACAGAUAGAUGACAUUCAACUUAACAUUGGCAUCACAGGAGAAACUGGUUCUGGCAAGUCUUCAUUUGUAAAUGYCUUUAGAGGGAUAAAGAACAACAAUCAGCAAGCUGCACCUGUUGGUGUUAGAGAAACGUCAAAAAACGUUGGACCGUUUUUCCAUCCAGACUACCCAAAUGUCAUCUUAUGGGAUCUUCCAGGCAUUGGUUCAACCAAGUGGCCAACAGAUGAAUAUGUGAAUAAAAUUAAGUUUGACACGUUUGACUUCUUCAUCAUCGUCUCAGACACUCUCUUUAGGGAAAAUGACAUGAAACUUGCUAAGGAGAUCCAAAAAAUGGGGAAAAGGUUCUAUUUUGUUCGCUCAAAGAUCGACCAAACCUUAAGCAACGAGAGAGAAAAUGAGAACUUCAAUGCAGAAAGAACUUUGGCUGUAAUCAGAGAUAGAUGCAUUCAAGGUCUUCGGGAUCAAGGAUUUGAAGAUCCACCGGUCUUCCUACUGUCCAGCUUUGAGUGGCAUCAGCAUGAUUUCCCUCACUUACAUGAGACCUUUAGAAGAGACCUUUUUGAUCUCAAGAAAUAUGCGCURCUGUGUAAAAUGGCUGCCAUACACCUGGAGGUCAUAAACAAUAAGAAAGAGGCUUAUAAACSUGGAAUAAAGUAUUAUUGUGCUGCAUCUGCAMUUGGAGCAGCUGUUCCAAUUCCUGGACYGUCAGUUGCUCUUGAUCUUGGCAUGAUGGUUAAAGCUGUUAAUGAGUAUGUUGCAGGUUUUGGUCUUGAUGCUUCAUCACUGCAUAGACUAGCUACUAGCACAGGAGUACCAUAUGAWKAWCURAGAUUUAGUAUYCAGUCAGUUCUUGCUAAUGGAGAAGUAACUAAAGAYGUCAUCCUGAAGCUGUUGACCCAACUUGGAAGYACAUCUGUUUUAUUAGCAACAGAGGAAUGGGCCAGAUUCAUUCCAUUUUUGGGAAUCCCCAUAGCAUCAGCCCUUUCCUUUACAGCUACCCACAGAGCUCUGAAUUUCUUCCUUGAUGAGCUUGCUAAUGAGGCACAUAAGGUUUACAAGCAAGCCCUGGGGUUAAACAGAACCUAA